AUGGCUGCGUGGCCCGGCCCGCUCUGGCUGCUGGGCCUGGCGCUGUGCUCCCUGAGCGCCGGCGGCCCCUGCCCGCGGCCCGCACCUUGUUGCCCGCAGCGUCGCCUGGGCGCCCGCGAGCGGCGCGACAUGCAGCGCGAGAUCCUGGCGGUGUUGGGGUUGCCCGGGCGUCCCCGGCCCCGCGAACCGCCUGCCGCCGCCCGGCUGCCAGCGUCUGCCCCGCUCUUCAUGCUGGACCUCUACCACGCCAUGGCUGACGACGACGACGACGGCGGGCGCCCGGAGCGGGGCCUCGGCCGAGCUGAUCUGGUCAUGAGCUUCGUCAACAUGGUGGAGCGUGACCACACCCUGGCCCAUCAGGAGCCCCACUGGAAGGAGUUCCGCUUUGACCUGACCCAGAUCCCAGCAGGGGAGGCGGUCACAGCCGCUGAAUUCCGUAUUUAUAAGGUGCCAAGCACCCACCAGCUCAACAGGACCCUCCACAUCAGCAUGUUUGAGGUGGUCAAGGAGCAGGCCAACAGGUACCUUCUUCUGGCCCCUGCAGCUGCCCCUCCCUUGUGGUCAAGACCCAGCCCUGGGGAGGGGGGCUGGCUGGUGUUGGACAUCACAGCAGCCAGUGACCGCUGGUUGUUGACCCGUAACAAGGACCUGGGACUCCGCCUCUAUGUGGAAACGGAGGAUGGACACAGUGUGGACCCUGGACUGGCUGGUCUGCUAGGGUCGAGGGAUGACAUCCACGGCUCCAACAGGCGGCAGGUGUGCCGACGGCAUGAGCUCUAUGUCAGCUUCCAGGACCUCGGCUGGCUGGACUGGGUCAUCGCCCCCCGAGGCUACUCGGCCUAUUACUGUGAGGGGGAGUGCUCCUUCCCGCUGGACGCCUGCAUGAACGCCACCAACCAUGCCAUCCUGCAGUCUCUGGUCAGUGUCCCCGGGGAGAGCAUGAGGGGAGGGGGCUCAGAGGGACGAGAGCAGCUGCUCCGUGUCUCAGGGAGUUUUCUUUACUAA